AUGGUUUCAGCUCCAGCUUUCUCUUACUUCUAUGUUGGUGGAAGUGUGGAAAUUCCUAACCUGACUUACACAAAUGAUCUCAUGAAUCCCAAGUCUCAUGCAUUUAUAUUGCAAGCUGAAGCACUACAGAAUUAUUUUUCAGCCAUUGAUUUGUCUUGGUUUUGUCUACCAGCAGCCUUUGACCUUUACGCAAAGCCUGGUAAUAAUAGGACAUUAACUCUGUGGAAUCCCAAGAAAUCUUUUUAUCAAUGGAGGCUACGUGUUCCAUCUGAAUGUGUUGUGAGAUUGGUAGUUGUAACUUCAUAUGAUGUGGUUCCUGGGAGUUGUGCAACACAUAGGCUAUCUGCAUAUGAUUUUCUUCUUCCAUUGCAGAACAAGAUCAUCACCAGGUGGUGUGGAAUGUCAGGAGCCUGGAAACCUCCAGUUAUAUGUUUAACUUCAUCCAGUAAUGUAAUGCUGGUCACUUUUUCACUGGAUCGACAACAUAAGAGUAAUAUAUUGAAAGCAUAUUUCCAGGCUGUUCCUAAAAUUGUUUGCGGUGGCUGGUAUGUUUCCUGGAAUGGCAGUGUAAUUUCACCUUAUUAUCCUAGUUACUAUCCACCAAACAUUGAUUGCCACUGGAUUAUUAGGGCUCCACUCCCUGGAUAUAGAUUGAUGUUAAAAAUUAUUGUAAUACAAAUUCAGGAACAAUCUCCUGGAUCCAAGAAAUGUGAUAAAGAUUGGUUGGCAAUUGAUGGAGUAAGAUAUUGCAAAGCUAUUGCAGAAGAAAACAGGGUCAAGGAAUAUGGCUAUUCCAUUUCUAUUAGCUUCCAUUCUGAUGAACUGGUCACACACAGAGGUUUUUAUAUAGAAUUUAGAGCCUUCAGCCAUACCGAUCCGUAUAAAAGAUGUCUACCUCAUUCAUAUAAAUGUCUAAAUGGGAAAUGUCCAAAAAAAAUAAAUCCAGAAUGUGAUAGUGUAAAAGACUGUGAAGAUGGAUUUGAUGAAAUGAAUUGUGCAUGUGGAAGGAGUCAGAUAACGAAACUCAGAAUUGUUGGUGGUGAAGAAUCAAAGCCUGGAAAGUGGCCUUGGCAAGCAAGCUUACAACUGGGAAAAUCUGGUCAUGUAUGUGGUGCCUCUCUAAUUUCAAAUCGAUGGUUGGUAUCAGCUGCACAUUGCUUUCAGGACCCCGAGUCUAUAAGAUACUCCAUAGCAUCCAGCUGGACAGCAUACAUGGGUAUAAAAAGCAUAAACAAAUACAGCAAUAAUCAAGCAAUGAUGAGAUCAAUCAAAAGGAUAAUAGUACAUCCAAAUUAUGACCAAUACAUCUCAGAUUAUGACAUUGCGCUCUUGGAAAUGGAGGCACCAGUAUUUUUCACUGAGCUGGUACAGCCCAUAUGUUUACUGAGCAGUCCUAGAGUAUUUAUUUAUGGAACUGUCUGCUAUGUAACUGGCUGGGGAGCUGUAAAAGAAAAUAGUCAGCUUACAAAAACACUACAGGAAGCCAAAGUGAAAAUCAUUAACCAAAGUGUUUGCAACAAACUUUAUGAUUAUCUAAUUACAUCUCAAAUGCUAUGUGCUGGGAACUUAAAUGGUGGUAUUGAUGCAUGUCAGGGUGAUUCUGGAGGACCAUUAGCCUGUUUAGGAAAAGGAAACAGAUGGUACCUUACAGGCAUUGUCAGCUGGGGUGAAGGAUGUGCUCGAAGGAACCGCCCUGGAGUUUAUACUAAAGUCACAUCAUUUUAUGAAUGGAUCCGUCAAUACAUAAACUAA